AUGACUUCCCAAGAAUACCAGCUGGAUACGGUCAAGGCCACUCGGAUAGCAUCCGAAGAAAUAGACAAGACAUUCCGCUCUAACUGCAUCGAUCUUGUCUCGGGAGCGCUUGGUGGGAAAAUCCUCGCCUUGUCCGAUCAAUGGUUCGCUGAUGCCACCAAUCUCAUUACCCCGACUCCGCCAAUCAGGCAACCGGGCAAGAUGGUGUAUACUGGCGCCUGGUAUGACGGCUGGGAGACGAGACGACAUAACCCGGAGCCCUUCGACUGGGUUAUUAUUCGCCUCGGUGUGGCAUCUGGCACCGUUGAAGGAGUCGAGGUCGACACCGCCUUCUUCAGCGGAAACCACGCGCCUUCUAUUUCGGUCGAGGGCUGCUUCAGCCUCGACGACGAUGAGGUGGUCUCAUGGCAGGGUGGCCGAGGAAAGUGGGAGACCAUCUUGGGCCACCAGGAAUGUGGACCAUCACAGCGGUUCGGGUGGAAGCUGGACGAACCGACGAAGAAGCAAUACACCCAUGUCCGUCUUAACAUGUACCCUGACGGCGGCAUUGCUAGAUUCCGGCUCUACGGCCAUGCCGUUCCCGUGUUCCCCGAGGACAAGGACGCCAUCUUCGACCUAGCAGCCGCCCAGAACGGCGGCGUGGCCAUCUCCUGCAGCGACCAGCAUUUCGGCUCCAAAGACAACCUUUUGCUGCCGGGUCGCGGCAAAGACAUGGGCGAUGGGUGGGAGACGGCGCGGUCACGGACACCAGGCCACGUGGAUUGGACUAUCAUCCGACUGGGAGCCGCGGGUUACAUCCAAAAAGUGCUCGUGGACACGGCGCAUUUCCGCGGUAACUUCCCUCAGAAGGUUAAGGUCGAGGCGAUCACCUGGGAAGGGAACUCGGAUCCGGGCCCUGAUGCUGAGGGGUGGAAGGAACUUGUGCCUCCGAGCAAAUGUGGGCCUGAUCAAGAGCAUGAGUUCGAGAGCUCGCUGCGAGAUAGCGCUGUGACGCACGUCAAGCUCAUUAUGAUUCCGGACGGCGGGGUGAAGAGACUGCGUAUCUUUGGGAAGAGGUUGAAACUCAAUGUUAGAAAUGUACAUACCUUAGCCCACGUUGCCCCUCCAUUCACCAUGGACCUGGGGAAUUCAAACGGCGAUAAUGGCCAGCAAAAGCCGCGCCAAUUACCAGCCGACUUACCCAAAUCACUAGAUGAUCGAAGAUCACGGCCCGCCGAUUUCGUUCCAGAGACAGAAAUGUAUGAUGGCUGGCAGGGACAAUCCCAGUUCCUGACUUCCCCGAUUCCCGCCAAACCCCUGAGUUUCAGCAACUUGACAUUAGACGAUCCGACCUUCGAAGAGGAUGUCGUCACCCAGCGCCCGCCUACCAGCGACACGCGACUCAUGGAAAUGCUUGCUGCUCAAGCUGCUCACCUGCAAGUCGGGCCGGUUCUCGAUGACGAAAACGCCAUCCUCGCCGACGACAAGUUAUCCGAAGCAGAAAAGAAGGAUUUGCUGCAGAAGGCCCUAAAUAUGGCCGCUAGCAACGGCGACGUGGCGAGGGUCAGAAGAAUACUGGGCGGCGACGCAAGAUCAUUGAUCGACAUCAACGCACCGGACGACGACGGAACGCCACCCCUUAUCUAUGCGAGCUGUUUUGGUCACGAAGGUGUUGUGCAGGCCCUUAUCGACGCCGGAGCCGAUGUCGACCGACAAGACAGAAACGAGUGGACGGCCCUGAUGUGGGCCAUGACAAACAGACAUAAAGGCAUCGCGAAAAUGCUUCUCGACAAUGGCGCCUCGGCAGACCAGAGGACGACGACGGGGAGGACAGCAUUCGACUUUGUGCCACCGGACAGCGAAAUGUCUUUUUAUCUACACGACAGUGGUUACAACAUUGGGAAUGCCGGGACUGAUGACUUUUACACUCCUGGGUUGUCUCAGGACCGAUUCGAAGAAGAGAUGGCAGAGAAUGAGAUGCGGAGGAGAAUGAUGAUGGACAGUGCUCGCGAUCUGGAGGUAGACUUGGGUAAUGUGGGCAUGGACGACCAACCAGAGGAACCGGAUGAGUUGGAAGAAGAACAACCAGAAUUCGACUGGACCCGCUGCCUGAAUGACCAGAUGUUUGUCUUCCAGGAGCACGAGCUGGAUCGCAUCCUGGACAUCAUCAUUACCAAUAUGCGACCGCAGCGGUCCCCAACACAAAAGCCGGUCCCCGCCAAUAUGAUCUUCCUCAGCGCGAGAUAUGCACACUAUCAUGCCAGCCCGGAUCUGCUGGAGAAGCUUCUUGUUUCCGCUAUGGACAAGAUCAACGACGUCGUUGAGGAUUAUCAGUGGGAUAUGACUAUACUGGCCUUCUGGAUGUCCAAUGCGACGUUAUUACUUCAUUACCUCAAGAAGGAUGUGGGCCUAGUGGAGGCAACGGCCGAGUUCCAAGCACAGCUCGCCGAACUGAUUAACGAGAUAUUCAUCCUUAUCGUGCGAGAUGCCGAAAGGCGACUCGACAAGGUGCUGGACGCAGCCAUGCUAGACCACGAAACCAUCCCGGGCUUCGAGAACAUCACGUUCCAGAACGAGUGGAGGCUAUUCAAACGCAAAGCGCACGUCAAAGAAGAACCCCUGGAGAAGAGGUUCCGUCCGCCAUCACCGAAACAGAAGGCAAAACCGGCCCCCCGGAACGUGACGUCUCUCCUAUCAUCCACUCUUUUUGUCCUGGACCUCUACGACAUCCACUCGGUCAUAAUUUCCCAGAUCAUAGCUCAAUUGCUGUACUGGAUCGGAGCGGAGCUCUUCAACCGCAUCAUGUCAAACCGAAAGUACUUGGCACGCACAAAGGCCAUGCAGAUCCGUAUGAACGUCUCCACGCUAGAGGACUGGGCCCGGGCCAACAACCGGCAACCGGACCACUAUGAAGGAGGGGAGAUGAAGUCGACGGGAGAGGCGACAGUGGAAGCGGCACGACGGCAUCUUGCCCCGGUCAUCCAGCUUCUACAGUGGCUGCAAUGCUUCUCCUCCCUGGAUGCCGAUGAUCUCGAGGCGCUCGUGGGGACGCUGCAACAGUUGAAGCGGUUGAGCCCCCAACAGCUCAUCCACGCGGCCCGGCAUUACCGGCCCGAAGUAGGCGAAAGGGGUCUUCCUAAGAGCGCCCUGAAGUACCUGAACGCCAUCCAGCAAGAGCAGGUCCGGAGGAGGGAAGAAGAGCGGGAGCGCCAGAACAGAGCGGUAUCGCCGGCGCCUAACACCGGCCCAGGCCAACGGGGUCAACUCGGCAGCGCCCCCGCGACGCCGGUCAAAGGAGGUGGAGGCACGGCGAAUGGGCAGGAACUUGAGACGCCGGACACGCAGCGGAGUAUGCUGAGCCCGAAUGCGGAUGGAUCUUUUGUAGAUGACGAUGACGAUGCGCCGGAGAACUUGUUGCUUGACCCGGCGCUGAUGCUGCCGUUUACAUUGCCGUCGGUCACCGAUAUGCUGGUCUCGUACGGCGCGGGAUUCGGGGGGCUGAACAGGGAGAGAGAGCGCAAGUACAUUCCGACGGUGCCUGCGGAGUUCCUUGCCAAGCUAGAGGCCAGUGGGGCGCGGAAGGGCCCGAUGUUCAGCGAGAAGGAUUGGGAGGACGAGGAAGUAUAA